AUGUCUACUUCCAAUCCUCCUCAUAGAGCAAUCCCGGGUAGAAAAGAUCCAGCUUGGAAAUACAUAAAACCUUUUCCUGGGCAAAAAAAAGGAGAGGCAAAAUGUAAAUUUUGCAAAACAAUCUUUCAUGGAGGCAUAAAUAGAUUGAAAUACCACCUUGCCAGCAUACGUGGCCAUGAUGCAGAGCCUUGCACAAAAGCACUUCCUGAGGCUAUUCGUGAGUGCCAAGUGCUAUUCGAAACAUUUGAGGCUCGAAAAGAAAUAAAGAAGAGGCAAAGGGAGGAGUUGGCUCAAGCUAGCAUUGGUUGUGUUGGAGAGGCCUCUUCCAUGCCUUCAUAUUGUCCUAGUGGGAGUGCUAGUGCUUCUGUUGCCGGUAGUGUCAGUGCUAGUGGUAGUAUCAAUGCAACUCCAACCAUUGGUCCUAGAGUUCGUAAAUCUAGGAUGGAUUCAUAUUUUGAGCCACGCACUACUCCUGGUGCCCAACCUUCACUUGAGAGCAUGGCUUGGAACAAAGAGGUACACAAUAAGGCUAAAGCUGCAAUUGGAAGAUUUUGGUUUUAUUGCAAUAUUCCAUUCUUCGCAGCCAGGUCUCCUUAUUGGCAAAGCAUGGUUGAUGCCAUUGCUAUUUGUGGGGCAGGUUUCAAAGCCCCUUCUGAUUCCGAGAUAAGUGGCCCAAUCUUGAUAGAAUCGGUGGCUGAUGUAAAAGCCACAUUAGAGGAACAUCGAGAGAUAUGGAAGAAGAAGGGUUGCACCAUCAUGACCGAUGGUUGGACUGAUAGGAGAAAUCGAAUGCUCCUAAAUUUUCUUGUUUCUUCUGCAGGUGGCACCAUGUUCAUUAAGUCCAUUGAUGCUUCCGCACAUUCUAAAAAUGCCACUUACCUAUGUGAGGUUAUAGAGGAGGUCAUAUAUGAAGUGGGCGAGGAGAAUGUAGUACAAGUGGUGACCGAUAAUGCAGCAAAUUAUGUUGCUGCAGGUAAACUUUUGAUGGAGAGGCACCCAUCUAUAUUUUGGUCUCCCUGUGCUGCCCAUUGCAUUGACCUCAUGUUGGAGGACAUUGCUAAGAUUGCAUGGAUCAGGACAUGUGUAGAGAAGGCAAAAAAUAUUUGCAAAUUUGUAUACAAUCAUCCAUGGGUCCUUAACUUAAUGAGGCAAUACAUGGGGCAGAAGGAGUUGGCUCGUCCUGGAAUCACUAGAUUUGCCACUAACUUCAUCACACUGCAGUCCUUGAUUCGCAGUAAGGCAACUUUGAGACGUAUGCUUGUUGGUGAGGAGUGGACUUCCUCAUCCUAUGCUACGAGUGCUACAGGAGUUGAUGUUGCAGAUUACAUUUUUGAUGAGCCAGGCUUUUGGACCCCUUGUGCUGAGAUCGUGAAGGUAAAAUUUUUAAGCAUUCUAAUCUCUACCUUAUGUUUUAAGUUUUAA